AAAUUACCAUUUUAUCUCGUCAUUUUCACACAUUUGUCUGUAAUCGCCACACGCUACAUCAUUUCAGCUGUUACAGCUUGUUUAUUUCACUAGUUCGAUCAAUUUUGCGUAGAAUUCAGGUUUUUUAUUUUCUCCGAUAUGGAUUCUACAGAUGCUAAUGAUAGCAUGAUUAGCAUCGGCGGAGGAAUAAAUGCGGAAGAGCUAGAUCAUGCUCUUAUGGUGGAAAUGGCAUCCACCACCGGUUUGGAUUUAGGUUCGGAAGCGGUUUCGGAUGAUCAGAUAACACCUCUUUUGACGCAGCAGCCGGAGAAGCCCAGACUCGAUAUCUUCUCUGUCUCGUACCCUAAACGGAAAACUAACAAGGACCAAAUUUCGAGAUUAACUGAAACGGAAACAUCGCCAUUUACACAGUUCAUAAUGUGGUCAUGGAGUGGAUCUAGAUAUUCUGGUUUGGUAUGCAUGGCGUUAUCGUCUUCUGUCUACUGUAUCAUGUCAAUUCUUUCUAAUGUGUUCUCUGCUCAAGCAAUUCCCCUAUUUGAGAUAGCAUUUACAAGAUGCAUAAUUAUCUCAGCAUUAUCAUUCAUGUGGUUAAGAAGAACCUCACAGCCAUUAUUUGGACCUGUAAAUGCCACGAGUCUAUUUGUUUCAAGAGCUAUUACUGGCUCUAUUUCUUUAAUAACUUUCAUCUACUGCAUUCAGAGAUUACCAUUAUCUGAAUCCAUGCUCUUGAGCUUUACAAUUCCAUUAACAGCUUCAAUAUCUGCAAGAUUCAUUCUUCAUGAGAAUCUAAAACUUGCAGAAAUAGCAGCCAUUGCUUCCAGUUUCUUUGGUGUAAUCUUCAUCAUCAGAUCAAUGGUCAGCCUGCAAGGUACAGAAGGAGGUGAACAAGUACAUGGAAUACAUUAUUUCUAUGUGUUUUUGAUUGGUUUAUUAUCAUCAUUGACUGGUGGAAUGAGCUACUGUUUUAUAAGGGCUGGAGCUAAACAGUCUGAUCAACCUGUGGUGACUAUAUUUUUAUUUGGUUUAGUCUCUACUCCUGCUGCAGCAAUAUGCAUGAUCACAUUUGAAGAUUUUGUGCUUCCUAGCUUCUAUACUUUAUUGCUUAUGAGUAUACUUGCCAUAUUGGCGUUUGUUGCUGAGUUGUUUCUAGCACGUGCGCUUCAACUUGAGAAAACUAGCAAAGUUGCAAAUAUUCAAUACCUUGAGGUGGCAUUAUCACAGUUAUGGGGUAUAGCAUCAUCAAGGGUAACCCCUACAUUUGGUGGUUUCAUUGGAUCCUUCAUCAUAUUCAUAUCAAUUUCUUGCACCAUGUAUUUAGGGCCCGAAAAAGACAUGGAGUGAAGAACCAAAAUGACCAAUUUAACCCUCUCUAUUUUUGUUUUCAUCAUAAC